UGCUGGUUUUUAUUCCCUGACGCGAACGUUCUCUAUGGUCUAUCUGCCAGCUGGCGCUUCAACUCUGAUGACCGAGUUCCUACACAUCCUGCUCGGAUCAAGGCUCGCCUAGAAACUUUUGCCUCGUGGCCUCACGAUAAAAAGAAGGGCCAUAAUUGCACCUCAGAAGCGCUUGCACAGGCCGGAUUCGUCCAUGUCCCAGACGUGGGUGAUGGGGAGGACAUGGUAGUCUGUGACUAUUGCAAUCGUUCAUUAAAUGGAUGGGGCCAGAUGAUAUCCCGAUUGAAGAACACCGACGGAACAAUACAACAAUGUGCCCUUUUCUCGAGGCGUAUGAUCGCGAGCAGAUUCUGUUGGGGGGGACUGGGGAUAAACACAAGUCAACGAAGCAUAAAAGGACGGCGUCUAAAUCUGUUAGGAAACGUGCCUCUGCUUCCGCUUCCGACUCCGAGAAUGCACCAGAUGCUGUAUCGUACUCAAAGGCAAAGUCUCGGCGGCGUCAACCUUCUGCCCAACCAAUCUCUGCUUCCUCGCCAUCUGAGGUUGCUUUCGAAGGCGAUCUUCAGGAAAAACCGAAGCGGAAGCCGAAGAAAACGAUAUCUAAAACCAAGACUAGCAAGACACGAGAGCAAUUGACGACUGGAUCGGAAAAUGCAGUGAGCGAAGAGGAGAACCCGGUUUCACAAGCCAGAACUCGUUCCAAAAGGGGUAAAGGAAGAACUACCAAAUUUCAAUCCUCAAAUUCACAGGAUAGUUUAAAUUUACUAUCUUCGAAUGUCGAGUCGCAAGCCGUCACAGGCCAAGCCUUCUCUUGCUACACAUUCCCGAAUCGCAAGCCCGAGUCGAAAUCCAAUUAAUAUUGGAUCUCAUUCACUAGAUGAUAAGUCCCCUUCUGGAGAUGACACCCCGGUCAAACGGCCACUUCGAUCAACACGAAGUGCAAAGCAAGCGCGGGAUUCGAAUGCCAGGCGCCUCGCUCUGGGCCAGACGAAAUUUUGCCAUCUGAAGCAAGCCGCAGG